UGUUGAUCAGUGUGAACGUCUUAUCCAGUGAUGGAACUGAAAGAAAGCAACUAAGAAGAGAAGAUUCAAAGGGUCCGAAUCGUUAAGGUGUUGACGUUAUGAGAGAAAUAAUAUUUAAUAAGGUUCUAUAUACUUCAUUCUCAUGGCUAAAGGAAAAUUAAGGGGUUCAGAUUCCAAUAACAAGUUAUCAGCUGCUAAUGCAACUUUUAAAAACGGGGAAACAUAUACGUCAGAGUUUGAAAUUAACGAAAUACCACCUAGUGCCCGCACAUUGCUUACAAAGGGUUAUAUACAAGAUGAGAUCAAUUCCUAUUCAGGUGCCACUGUGUCAACACGUGGGCGUUUUAUGACAGAGCAGGAAAAAUUAAGAUGUCCCAAUGAACGUCCUCUGUAUUUAUAUAUACAGGGACAUACAAAACAUAACGUAGACUUGGCCAUACAGAAGAUCAAUGAGAUCAUUAAAACAGAACAUCAGAGUUCAUUAAAUAGGCCCAGUAGAUUUACUAAUGCACCACCACCACUUAUGAGUUUACAUUCUGGAGUUACAUCUGUGGAAAAGAUUUGUGUUGGAAUAGAAAAUGCUCCAGAAGGGUUUGAUUUACGAGGUCGAAUUAUAGGUGCAGGUGGGUCAAAUUUGUUGUAUAUAAGAGGAGAAACUGGUGCAAAUGUAACAUUAAGGGGUAGAGGAUCACAGUUCGUCGAUCCAGUUUUAGGAACUGAAUCUCCAGAGCCGCUUCAUUUGUACAUAGAGCAUCCCAAACCGGAAGCAUUACAAAAUGCAAAACAGUUAGCAAUUAAUUUAAUUCAAACAAUGCAGUCUGAAUUACAGUCUUACAUACAGCAACAACCACCACCAGUACAAUCACAGCAAGUUAUAGAACAAUCGCAAAUACAACAAACACAAUUUCAAACCAUGAACAUUGGUACUUUGGGACAACCUAAUGUUGUUACUAUACAACAUCAAGAUAUUAUACAACACCCACAAAGUAACAUAGUAACAUUGCCAGCAACAAUUCUCACUGCUACAGUAACUGGCGCACCAGGGUCUGGUAUAACAGUUCCUCCACCUGGAGUACACAUUCCUCCUCAUUCUGGACCAUUAGUACCAUCGCCACAAGCUCAAGAAAUACAAACAUUCAUGCCCCCUCCACCAGUUGGACAAGUGCAAUUAAUUGGUCCUCCAUCGACAGUAAGUCAAGUGCAAUAUCAAAUUCAUUCUGGACAACCAUUGCAAAUCCAAGGGAUUCAACCUGGAUCACAGUCAUCGCCACAACCUGUGGCUCAAAUGUAUGUGAUGAGUCAGCCUCCCCCACAGAGUCCAGCUCAACAGAAUUUUAUAACGAGUAGUAGUGCAGCCGUUAGCGGGGCAGUUUCUUAUGUGUACACACAACCGAAUAUGCAAAGGUCUUCUACACCACCACAAGGAAUCAUUGAAACUGUAAAUGUGAAUUUACAACAACCACCGCCAGCCGCACCGAUUAAUAUAACCCAACAACCACCUCCGCCGUUAUUACAUCUUCAUUUUCCACCGCCGAACUUUCCUCCAAAUCAACCACCGCCUCCUGUACCGCAAACUUAUCAAAUACAGUACCAACAAGUGCAAACGCCAGUAUCGCAAUCACAGACGCAGUUUGUAUUACAACAUGGUGAACAUAUUGUUUCACCACAGUUGCAACAAAAUCAUGAACAGUCGCAGGCAGUGGCUCAACACAUGUUACCUCCACAGUUCGAAGGUCAUACUCCUCAGUUUCACCUACAAGUACCUCCUCCAUCAACACAGACCUUCUUAGUCCCCAAUGCCCAAUCACCACAGCACCCACAGCAACAUCCCGGAGGUGAAGUUCAGCAUCAACAAGAGGGGCCAGUGGAUCAAGGACCUCAGCCACAGCCAGUUCCACCCCCUCAAAUUGUACCACCACCAUCAGCUACUCAGAUGCCAAAUUCUAUGAAUGUUCUUACUAGUAUUCCCCCGCCAACGCAAGCGCCACCUCCACAAAAUGCCCCGUGGUUGUAUCCAGCACAACAACCGCAACAGAUGUUGCAGUCUCAAGGCCAAUUACAGGUUCAAAUGCCACCAGGAAAUAUUCCAAUGCACAAUGUACCACCACCACAAGUUCAAGCACAGAUACAGUAUCAUGCUCAACAUAUGCAAUAUCAGAAUGGUCAUAUGCCACCGCAAAUACACUAUACAAUGCAACCACCGCCUCAGCAGUUUGAUCAAAAGCCUGAUUCACCGGAACAGAAAUCUCAUGGUGUAAAAAGAAGGUUUUCAGAUGUUGAAGCAAACCCGGAGGCACCACCAUAUCAGUGUGGUCCACUACCUGCUCAGCGACAUGGAACAGGAGAAGGUGAUCGGCAGCAGCAAGUCUUACAUGGUCCAUCACCAGCAGCUGCGGGUCUACCACAUGGAGAUCGAAACAAGCUGCUAAUGCCACCUCCACAUCCAGGUGAAAAACGGAGUUUGGACCAAAAACCUUCAGGCAUAAGUUCAGGAAAUGAGCAGAAUCUGAUAGGGGAUUCUGUAAACAUUCACCCUGGAGGUGGCCUGCCUCUUCCUCCACCACUUCCACCACAGGCGCCAUGGCAGACUCAUCAUGUCAGAGCUCCAUGGGGUAGACCACCACCAAUGCCAAGAGAUGGAGAGCAUCAAGGAAUGUGUCCUACUCUACCUCCAAUUAAUAUGCCUCCACCUCAAAUUAGACCAAGAGGACCCGUUGAAGGUAACCGUUCGCCCGUGCAAAACGCGAUACUGGAGCACCCGUUGAACCUCGAGUAUAAUCAAAUGCCACCAUACACGACAAAACCUCCCCCUUACAAUUCACAUCCAUUGAUGCAAUCCAUUUGUAAUCCACCGCCACCCCCGCCUCCACAUCAUCAACAUCGACCGCAGCAUCCUCCUCAGACGAUGCAACAUUACCAGGUGCCAAUUUCUCAAGCAUAUCAGCCACAGACUUCCUGUCCACCAUGGAUGAACUGAAAAAGAAAAACAUUCAGUGGACACGAUAUACACGUGAAUAAAGUUUUUACGCUAGUACCUUACAAAGAUGACUGAUGCGGUCCGUCCGAUUACCACCGAUCAGUUUCCGCUGCGGGCGCUAUCGAUUACGGAGGCCACGAUAUUGGGGGAACAACCACGUUAAACGGACGGGGCGUUGCAUUACGUUGUCUUCAUUCGAUUGUUCCUUGCGAUAGUUAAUUAUAAUUUAAUUAUUCGUUGCGUCGAACGUGUUGCAGCAGGGUAUGCUGUUCUGUGAAUACAAACGCUGUGUACAUGUUACGAAAAUUAUUUAUAGCGAACAACUGUAAGCCUUGAGGUAGCGAGACGCUAGUAAGAAAUUUAUAAAUACCGUGUUGACGAGCGGGAAUAGUAACUCGAUCAUCUGAUAUAUAAUUACGUACAACAAUGGAUCGCGUUUAUUUGCGAUUCGAAAUGAAAGACUAACUCUACUAAUUGUCGGUGCGAUGCGGGUGCAUGUUGUUAGAAUGGAGUUUACUGGAAUUAGUUCCGAGAGAUAAAAUGCUUUUAGUAUUCACGCACGCAGGACACACCACGAUGACCUAGCGUGGGAUGUACUUUUUGUAUUCUCGUAGAACGUAAUAUAGUUGCUCUCGAACUUACCGUACGCCGUCUGUUUCCUUUCGUUCUCGGUAUGUUGUACCGUAUGAUCUGUUCAUAGACAAUAUACACACAUACACCCAGGACACGGUGUAUGCGAUUUUGUAUGCAGACGUGAAUAAAUCGUUGCUGACGACCCUACGAAGCGUUAUCAAAAUUUUCGGGGUCCCUUCCGAUGUGAAGUUCAACGUGAUCCUA